AGAGAGCCAAUCCCCUGUGAGCGCUUUGUACACACCGGGCCUUCAAGCGUUCAGAGCAGAAAUAUAAAUUGGACGUGAACAAAAAACGUUCCUCAGCCCAAACACCGGUUCCGUUUCCGAGUCUAAAAGUUAAGCGCAUCAUGACGAACGUUGACAUCCAGAACCUGUGGGAGCGACACGCCGCACGGAGGACGUACCCUCACCUCGCCCGCACCAGGGUCUGCCGCAACCUCUUCGGACCCGUGGACCAUGAAGAGCUGGGCUGCGAAAUGCAACGGAGACUCCAGGAAAUCUCGGAACGGGACCAGACCCGCUGGAACUUUAACUUCGAGGACAACGUGCCGUUGCCUGGAAAUUACGAGUGGGAGGAAAUUUCCGUGAGCGCCGUGCCGUCCUUCUACAAGGAGUCCGUGCGUAACGGGAAAGCGCGCACUGGGAACGCCAAAGACGCCGCCGAAUCCAACAUGGAGACUGGAUGUAAAAAUGAAGCUCAGAGUUCAUUCCAAGCGCCGACUUCAUCUGUAGAAGUGAACCAGGAGAACCGCUCUGGAGCUCUGAACGCUCAGGAACUGGUCACUCCUGUGUGCCGGAGAAGAUCAGGGAAUCCAGAGCCUUCAAGACAGAAUACUACGCACAUUACAGACUUUUUCCCCAAGAGAAAACGAAGUUUGGACACGAAGCAGACAGAGCGCUCGAGCUCGUCCAUCCCUGCUGAAGUUACUCCACGCAAAAGAAUCAGAUGAUGCGUUGCACUGAGAAGUCCUGUGUUUUAUCUGCUGAGCGGAUGAUGGACACACCAAGGACGAAAUGAAGCCUUUUUUAAUCUAAUAUUAUUAUAAUAAUAAUAAUUAUUAUUUCAGUUUCCUUUUUUUUCUCUCUGAUCAAUGUAGCAAUACCAGAACAGACUUGGUUGCAGUGUUACAACGUCUGAAACGUGCAAUUAUUUCAUUAUUAUUAUUAAUAUUAUUAUUAUUACUGUGGUUUUUUUAAUGUUAUUAUUAUUAUUAUUAUUAUUAUUAUUUUUCACUUCUUGUUGUGUAAGUUGAUUUUUUUGUAGUUUGCAUUGUUCUUUAUAUAAUUCAUCAUCUGAAAUGUUGCUCUCCUUGUGGAAGGAAAAUGCUACUAACUUAUGUUUUAUUUAUGAUCCAUGAUAGUGUCAAGCUUUUAUUUACAGCUAUUUCUUUUACUUUAUGGCAAUAUUUGUUGUUUUGGUUUAUUUAAGUUUGUCGGAUGACGUCACGAUGCAAAUGUUUCUGAGCCUCUUUUUUCUAUAUAUAUGUAUAUACUAGCCCUGUAUUAAGGAAUUGAAUGGAAGAAAGAAAAAAAAUAAAUUAUAUUUUUGUUUA